AUGGAAGUUGUUCGAUGUAUUCGUACAAUUGUCAAUACUUACCCCGGACUAGAGCUAGUCUUGCAACGCGACUCACGCGCCAUUGGUCGCCUUAUUGAAGGCCUUUGUGCCAUCAAUAAGCGAAGACCUAGAGAGGGAGAAGAUACCGAAGCGGCUCGUGCGUUGAGAGCAGAGACUGUGAAAAUACUCGCAUCACUCGGUAUGGUUAACCAGGAAACCACGAAGAAUAUUCAAAUGGAAAUGACCGGUGCUCAGAAAAUGAUCAAGGAACUAACUCUUCUGUCGGCAAGAAAUAAACAGCCACGAUUCAAACCGAUUUUGGACUGCCUUCGCUUCUGCAAAGAAUGCGAUGUAGAUCACGUGGUUCGUGUUGUCUUGGAGCAGUUCUUGUGCUUAUCUCCUAAGAUGGAUUUGUUCCAGAAAUAUCGGAUUCUCAUCAUCAUCAAUCUGUUGAUCCACAGUAGCGAUCGUGAGUUAGGUGAAGAUCAAGCAUGGCAAGCACGAAUGGCUCUUCGUUCAGAGCUGAUGAGAGAUGGCUUUGGGAAAUAUGUCCCGCACAUAGUCUUACUGUCGAAGAGUGACGAAAGAAUAGGAGAUGUAUACGGAGCAUUCACUUCCAUUCAAGAUGAUGAUUUUAACGAACUCGUAGCACGGUUUGAAACUCUCAUCGUUCAUAUCUUGAUUAUUUUACCCAUCGUUACAGCCGUGGAGAAUAUGAAACGUUGGGAGGUUGCUUUGAACUUCUUGCUUCAACAUCGGCAAACACAGCAGUUGAACCUAUUCUGCUCAGUAUUAUGCAGCAUUUUUCUGUACUGUGGAGGCUGUGUCACGAAAUUGUGUUUACAUAAGAAUGGUGUUGAUCCCGACUUCGAUUCGCAGUUCCACUUCGAAACACCUGUUUCCGAGAUCAUUGGUCAGUUUCAAAGUUUAUAUCUUACAAAGCAGUUACAAGAUGCAGAGUUUUCGCGCAAGUUGGAGCAAGCAGUGCAGGCGAAACAGGAGGCUGUCGCCAAGCAAAUGCAGUAUUGGCAGAAGCUAGAUGAGUUUCGGAAAGAGGCGCAGUUACUACGGAAACAUAUAGAGAACCCUACCCAGCCUAUUCCUCCGCCAACUGUCUGCAACCUUCAACAGCCAGCUGAACACAGCGUCCCGUCAACCAGCUCAGGAACUAGCCGACUGCCUCCUGUAACUGGAGGCCCUCCCGCUCCACCUCCUCCUCCACCACCACCUGGAGCAGCUCGAGUCACGGGAGGUCCCCCACCACCACCUCCGCCUCCUCCAGGAUUAGCUGGACCUCCCCCUCCACCACCACCAAUUUCUUCGUGGUGGAGCUGGUCCACCUCCACCCCCACCGCCUGGUUUUAA